AUCAGUUGCACUGGCAUAGUCCGCGGCCUACUUUUUACCUGCACUAAUGCCGUAGCCUAGCGAUGCUCAACUGUUUCUGUAGUACAACUCUUACCGUUAAGGCGCUCGGUUGAUACACAGACUAUCGCGAUCUACCUUUUACCUGCCGAUACCCGCCUACUCUGUACUUUCUAACACUUGUACUCUCGAUGCUCACGUGUUUCGACUUCGGUUAGGGAGUUUUGUGUACGCUAAGUUGGCGACGACGGUUGCCGUACAAAAUGUUGCUUUGGAUAGUUGUUUUCGUUGAUUUCGCGUAGUUUUUCAUUGGAAUUGUGGAUGGAUUUUAACUGUGAUCGAUGGAAGAAGAUGUAUUCUUUAGGAAUUAUGACCCUAACGCGAACCCCGUGUGAGCUCGACAAAAUGAGCCUCUUCCAAGAUUUGAAGCUGAAAAGGAGAAAAGUGGAUUCACGCUGCAGCAGUGACGGCGAAUCUGUCGCCGAUACGAGUACUUCGUCUCCUGAUCUUCUGAGCCCAUCGUCGCCGAAGAUGACCGACGCAGUACUCAACCCGCCGAGUCCAGAUUCUACGCCGAUUCAACUCCAUCCGCCCGAGCCCACGCUGGAGAAGACGCCCAACAGACUGGAGGAGUCGGGAGUGUUCGAUGGAGGUGGUGGAACCGCUAGCGUCAUCAGGUCUAUUCCAGUAAUAAGAUCCCACAGCCCGCCCGUUCGACCUCAGCCGCCUUUCAGCCCCUCGCAACCCCCUCGACCGCACAGUUCACCAGGACGACCAGCCAAUCUCAGUCCUCGAGCAAGCCCUGUAAUAAGGCACACGCCACUUCUGCUACAACCAUCGGUCAGCCCCAGACCACUCACAAUAUUAACUCAAGAACCCACCUCAUCAAUACCAGUUAUAUCACCAUCAAAUAUACCCAUAUCAUCACCAUCCAUACAGUCUAGAGGAGUGAUCAUCAAUCAACAAGCUCCUAACAUUAAUCAAAAUCCACAACUGUGGCUGAAACAUUCUAGAAUAAACGGAGUUAAGCCUGAAUUAAUAGGAGGCAAUUUUGCGGUCAAACCUGAAUUAUUAGGAACCAAUUUUGGAGUUAAGCCUGAGUUAAUAGGGGGAAAUUUUGGAGUGAAACCUGAAUUAAUAGGAGGCAACUUUCCUGGAUCUCCGGUGGACCUUAAACCUCCCGGGAGUCCGAUGGGUCGAGCUGGUACCACUAUGCCAGUACGGCAGACUCCUACUGUGAUUAUGGGGGAGGCUGGAGGUGUUAGAACGAUGAUUUGGUCUCAACCCACCUUAUCUACUUCGCCUAUAGGUGAUCCCCAGAUUCAUCCUACGACCUCAAACUGGCCGCAAGUUAGUAAUACUGAUGAAAGUGCAGCUCAGCUUCUUCUUAAUUUAGGUCAGGACCGACUGAGACCCGUUAGUCGAAACUUAGUACCAUCACCUUCACCCACAUCUCAAUUUACCACGUCUCCGCUUAACAUGGAACGGCUUUGGGCGGGUGACAUACGACAGUUACCAGUAAGCCAGCAAACACAAGCGCUUAAUCUCACGUCGCCUCCCCCAGGUGUGCCUUUAAUCUAUGGACAAGGCGAUCUUAAACCAACUCUAGGCUUAGUUGAACCGAUACCAGGUGAACUGCACCACGAGCAGCAAGAAGAAGAAGAGCAGCCGAUGAUUUGUAUGAUUUGUGAGGAUAAAGCUACAGGGUUACAUUAUGGAAUUAUUACUUGUGAGGGCUGUAAGGGAUUUUUUAAGAGAACUGUACAAAAUAGGAGGGUGUAUACAUGCGUGGCGGAUGGGAACUGUGAAAUUACCAAGACGCAGAGGAAUAGGUGUCAGUACUGCAGGUUUAAGAAGUGUAUAGAACAGGGAAUGGUGUUACAAGCCGUAAGGGAGGAUAGAAUGCCAGGAGGACGCAACAGUGGUGCCGUAUACAAUCUCUACAAAGUGAAGUACAAAAAACACAAGAAACCUUCAGCGAAACAGCAGACCAAGCCUCUGGACAAGAACCUAAUCGGCCAGCAAUUCAAGACCGAGCCGCCUCCAAGUAUUCCCUCCAACCUAGUCAACGGUACGAUCCUCAAGACAGCUUUAACCAACCCCAGUGAAGUGAUCCGCCUAAGGCAGCGUCUGGACAGUGCGGUUUCUUCAUCGCGAGAUCGAAAUUUUUCCGUCGAAUACUCGUUAUCGAUGAUAAAAACUCUUAUAGACUGUGAUGAAUUCCAAGAUAUCGCGACGUUGCAGAACCUCGAUGAACUCCUCGACCACAAUACGGAUUUGAGUGAAAAGCUGUGUAAUAUCGGUGAUUCGAUCGUGUAUAAAUUGGUGCAAUGGACGAAGAGACUGCCGUUUUACUUGGAAUUGCCGGUGGAAGUGCAUACGAGACUUUUGACGCAUAAGUGGCACGAACUGUUAGUGUUGACCACGUCGGCGUAUCAAGCGAUUCAUAAAGCGGCAACUGAGCAGAUGACCACCACGGUAAUAGAGACGGAUUUCACGCAAGAGGUGGAGUCCAAUUUGUGUACCCUCCAAAACUGCCUGAUUUCGAUGAUGGGAAGGGAGAUAACAAUUGAACAACUACGUCAAGACGUGGGGUUGAUGAUCGAAAGGAUAACGCACGUCACGUUGAUGUUCAGGCAAAUCAAGUUAACUAUGGAAGAAUAUGUGUGCCUUAAAGUUAUCACUAUGUUGAAUCAAGCAAAGCCUGCCAGUAGUUCGGGACCCAGUGAAUUGGAAACAAUCCACGAGAGGUACAUGACUUGCCUACGCGUGUAUACGCAACAUAUGUAUCCUCAACAAGCCACAAGAUUCCAAGACUUACUAGUUAGGUUACCAGAAAUUCAGUCUGCGGCCUCACUUCUCCUAGAAAGCAAGAUGUUCUACGUUCCUUUCCUGUUGAAUUCGGCGAUUCAAAGGUAGUACCAAAAAGAGGCAGGCGACCCAGCCCGCAACCCCCCUUUCUCUAGCUGAAUUUUCCAGAUUCAAGAAUUAAACAAAAGAUUAUUUAUAAAGAUAACAAAUUAGAGCAAAGUGUCGCUAAAAAAUCGAUGACGCGUAUAUACAUAUAUAAAUAGAAUGGUAAAAAAUUAUUUGAAAAAUUCUUGUUAUCAAUUAAGGAUAUCACGUUGUUCGUUUGUUGAAUCGAGUACGGAUGAAGAUAAUGCGGGAUAAGUGUCGAAACGUCGAUCGUUCGAAUUGACUAAUUAAGGUUUACGCUCAGAGAAUUAGAGACUGACACGAAUAUGACAUUUUUCGGAUACAUUCUUCUUUUUUAUACCAAAAAACGUUAACAAAAAUCGAACGUAGCUUUUUUAGUUGCAGUCAGUUUCACUGAGCCUAAAUCGUAUGCGAGUACAGACUAAAAUUAGUUUUCCAACAGGAUCCAUAUUUUUAUUAUAACAUACAAUUUCUAUGACGGAAUUAAUCUAUAUAACUACUACCUGAGCCGAGAGCACGCCAAAUAGAUUUCUAUUUUGCUGACGUCACAAAAUAGAAUUUCAUAAUGGGAGAAUCGACGGCUGCUAGGCAACGUGACGUCACUAAAAUAGAAUUCUAUUUGGCGUGCUCCCGCACCUGUAUCGUUUUCAGGAUUUUUCCAGUAAAUACUUUUUAGUAUUUGCAGUAAAGUUUUAAGUAGAACUAAAAAAUUUUGCAGGGAAUAGAUUAUUCUUUUCUUCUUCUUCUUUUUCUUAAAUCAGGUGAGACUCGUUAGUAUCUGGCGCUUGAUCGUAAGGCCUUUGUACUAUAUCUUGUUUUUUUCCUUAAACUCUAAUAAGUACUGUGGCGUCAACUAAGACCAACAUUUUUUUAUUGGUAGUUUUAGGAUCUCUUCUGAUUCAAACCUCAAUUGUCCAGUGAAUUCCAACCUCACAUCACUAAGCACAUUGCAAUGGCAUAGGAUGUGUAUGGCAGUUUCUUCUUCCAUUUUGCACUUUCUGCGCCAUGGUUCACCUUUCAUCAUUCCAUCAUUCACCUUACCUAGUUUGUAUGGGUGGUUUCUUAAACAUCAAUGUCAUCACCAUGUCAGUGUCCGUUUUGAUCUCUUGUUUAUUGAGGUUUAUCAAAUUGUUCGAGAGCUUUUAUUUAACAUUCUUGAUUAUUGUUUAGUCUAGAUUGGCCCUUUAAUGGCUCUGUAUUUCUUUUGAUGAUUCUGUAUCAGCCAAUUGUGAACCUCAUUUUUUUAGCAUCUUUAGGUUCUGGGUCUACAAAAGAUUCUCUCGAGCUUUGCGUUACCAACAGCUCUGCUCGUUCAUUCCCAUGCACCCCUUACUGACCCGGUAGCAUAUUUACAGAUGCUAACGUGUGUAGACACCAGGGUGUUGAAAUCAGUUAGGGUUUGGAAAAACAGUACAUUUACAGAUGCUAGCGCGUGUUGACACUACGGUGUUGAAAUCAGUUGGGGUUUGGAAAAACAGUACAUUUACAAAUGCUAGCGCAUGUUGACACUACGGUGUUGAAAUCGGUUAGGGUUUGGAAAAACAGUACGUUUACAAAUGCUAGCGUGUGUUCACACUAGGGUGUUGAAAUUAAUUAGGGUUUGGAAAAACACUACAUUUACAAAUAACACAAAAGAGCAACAUAAAAAAUAAUGUUGUUCUGAAGCUAUUUUCUUGUGGCAUUUUUAUAAUUAACUAUUUAGAUGGGAAAUAAGCCACAAUUAAAUUGAAAAAAUAAUUUUAUUAACGUUUCGACGCCCAAAUCGGGUGUCGUUGUUAAAAUACAAAAUACUACUAAAUUAAACAAAAAUUUUGUUGCUUAAUAAAAAAUAUGUGGAAUUUAUGUAAGAAUAUGUAUUUCCUAAGUGGAAAAAGGAGGUAUGUAACAUUUUCUAAAAUUUUGAGUUUCUUAGUGAAUGAAGGUGGUAUGUAACUUAACUAUCAUUAUGCCACUUUUACUGUACAACUAAAAAGCUUAAUACGAGUAAGAGAUAUCCUAGUGGAUGAAGGAGGUAUGUAACAUGUAGAAUACAAUUCUUGAAUGGAAGAAGGAGGUAUGAAACAUUUUUCGUCUUUUUCAGGUUUAAAUUGUUUAUAACUCGAAAACUAUUAACUUUAGAGAAAAAUUACAAAACACCUUUUUUGUUUCCAAUGCUCAAAAGAACCUAAAAUAAUGUACAGGGUUAUUCACUAUAUUUUGACCCCCCUGUAAACUGCUUUAUUUACAGAAUUAGAAAAAAAUGUAAAAUGCAAAAGGUAUACGAUUUUUAAAUUAUGAUUUUUGACAUAUACAUCGUACUAGUGACGUCAUAAAUUUGGGCGUGAUGACGUAAUCGACUAUUUUUUUAAAUGGGAAUAGGGGUCGAGUGCUAGCACAUUUGAAAGGUUAUUCAAUUCCCUAUUCAAUAUUAUAAACAUUAACAUGAUUAAUUAUACAGGGUGUCCAAAAAAAUUUUUUAAUUAAAUUAAUUGACACAUAAAUUGAUACAUAAAAGAAGAAUGUAUGUAAUUUAUUUAAUUCAAAAUACAUUCUACUGCUGUCAGAAAACAGAAGUAAAUGUUUAUUGAACAAAUAAAAAUUCUUUUCACUUAAAUUCAAUGUUCAAGCUGCCACCCAUCUGCCUCUUGGCAAUUUGAACAUUUAAUUUAAGCAAAAAUCAAUGUUUAUUUGUGCAAUAAACUUUUAUUUCUGUUUUCUAACAGCAGUUAAAUAUAUUUGAAAUUAAAUAAAUUACAUACAUUCUUCUUCUUGUGUCAAUUAAUUUAAUUAAAAAAAUUUUUUGACACCCAGUAUAAUUAAUCAUGUUAAUGUUUAUAUUACUGAAUAGGGAAUUAAAUAACCUUUCAAAUGAGCUAGCACUCAACCCCUAUUCGCAUUAAAAAAAAUAGUCGAUUACGUCAUCACGCUCUAAUGGAUGACGUCACUAGUACGAUACAUAUGUCAAAAAAUCAUAAUUUAAAAAUCGAAUAACUUUUGUAUUUUACAUUUUUUUCUAAUUCUGUAAAUAAAGCAGUUUACGGGGGGGUCAAAAUAUAGUGAAUAACCCUGUACAUAGGCUGAAAAAAUUGAUUUUUUUAAUUUGUUUAAUUUUUUUUAUAAAUGUAGCUAAGGCUAGAGUAGCUAUUAAUAAAAAAGGCAAGGUAGACGGAAGAAGAAACGCCAGGUCACAGAAGACCGUCAUGGCUCAGACACCUGUAAGAAUGGUUUAACAGAUCCUCUGCAUCCCUUUACCGAGCUGCCAUUAACAAAAUUACUAUAGCCAGUUUGAUAGCCAACAUGAACAUAGCAACAUGAAGAAGAAGAUUAUUUUGUGUACAAUUACAUAAGUUUCUGUAAAACUGAAUAUAGAGCAUUAUUUCAUGCCACCUACCCCCUUCAUUCAUUCAGAUAAAGGAUGUACAGUUUUUAUUUAUUUUUAGAAAAAAUACUAAAAAUCAAAACAAAUUAUCAACAUUAUAUGUAAAGGAAUGCUUAUAUAAAUAUAAAUAAAACCAAAUAACACAAACAAUAUUCUCAUGAUAAAAGUAGAGGAAUAAAAACUUUAACUGCCCAUAUCUAAAAAGGUAGGCUUGUAACAUACCUCCUUCUUUCACUUAGGUCUUCAAUUAUUAGAAGAAUUUUUUACUAAGCAACAACAUUUUUGUUUAAUUUAGUAGUGUUUUGUAUUUUAACUGCGACACCCGAUUUGGGCGUCGAAACGUUAAUAAAAUUAUUUUUUUCAAUUUAAUUGUGGCUUAUUUCCCAUCUAAAUAGUUAAUUAUAAAAAUGCCACAAGGAAAUAGCUUCAGAACAACAUUAUUUUUUAUGUUGUUCUUUUGUGUUAAUAUAUUAUUGUUUAUAUCCCAACAACGUUUAAUUAUUUAUUAAUGCCUAAAUCACUUAAAAUAUUUUUCCACAGCUGUAGGUAUAAAAAAUCAAUAUGUCAAUAGCCGUUAGCAUAUGCAUGUAUAACCACUUAAAAAGGUGUCUAAAUCUCUGGUGUCCAAAUCUGUUAGUAUUUGUAAAUGUACCUACUGUUUUUCCAAACCCUAACUGAUUUCAACAACCUAGUGUCAACACACGCUAGCAUCUGUAAACGUACUGUUUUUCCAAACCCUAACCGAUUUCAACACCGUGGUGUCAACACGCGCUAGCUUCUGUAAAUGUACUGUUUUUCGAAACCCUAACUGAUUUCAACACCCUGGUGUCUACACACGCUAGCAUCUGUAAAUAUGCGUACGCAUAUUAAAGACACGUUAUUAUCUUUUGCCAGGUUGUUGAGGUGAUAUUUGCAGUUCCUCGCCAAUUUUGAUUUGGCGAGUGGGUUCUUUAGUUCAGUUUGAGAUCCAUCAAUGAACCAUAUUAAGACGCCAUUAAUAUUUGGGACUUCUUGUUCUGUAUAUGGUAAAAUUGUGUUAAGAUGGAUUACUCAAAUAGAGCCCCAGUAUUGUUUGUGUGACUAUUUAAUAUAGCUAUAAUUCGGCCUCCAAGUAUUGUUUGCUUUGAAUCUCAGGAUGGUCAUAAAAGGCUACCGCCGAAAUAUAUAAUUCCAGCGGAGAGAGACCUGUGAAAGGUAAUAGAUUGGUAGUCGUAGAAAAAAUAUAGUGCACAAAAAUAAUUUUAGUUGGUAAAUACACCGAAUAAUAAUAAAACAAAGGAAAUCCUACCAAAAUGAAAAAGGUGAAAUGAAACCAGGAAAAAUGAAAAUUCUGUUAUUCCUGUAUACGAAGUUUAUUGUUACUCUAUACUUCUAUACCAAGUCUAAAACAACUCCUUGUUCUUAGUCGUUAACCUGAUGCAGAUAUCGUGAUAACAUGAAGCUAUUAGCUAAUUUUUCCAAUGCUCAUCCAUUUCUCUCGAGCUUCUACCAUGCUAGCAUAUUCUGACAAAGGAGCAUCACUUUUAGUAUCAAUAUGGUAAGUGUAUCGUGUGGGAAAUCUUCCUUUAUUUGUUGUACCUUCUACCUUUCCCGGGGAUGGCAAGUUUUUCAAGGCCAUUUCUUCAAAACCCGUGUCCAAAAUAGCCUAUUAUUUUAAGACCCAUCGUUAAGCUUACUUCUUCAAUCCUUUGUAGCAGGUGAAUCAGUUCAACCUCCGAACUAGCGACGAUGGUUGACUAGGUCGAAAGCUAUACUAUAAUCUAUGAAGCACAGAUAUGUUGCGGUGUUGAAUUCUCUGGAUUUUUCUAUAAUCUAUCAUAGCUUAAAAUUUGUUCCCUAGUACCACAUCCGGAGGCAAAACCUGUUUGUUUCUCUUCAAUUUCAGGAAGUAAAAGGGCUUUAUCCUCUCCAGAAUUAUGAGUAAAAGUAUCAUACUCCAGUGCGCAAGUUGAGCAAGUGUGUUAUAGUUGCUACAUAAAUCUUUCACUCCAUUUUUACGUAACAAAUCCUAGUACUUGUCACUAAAUUAAGUUCCUUUUUCGACAAACGUGUUAAAAAUGCAAUUUUUAGCACUCCAUAGGAGCCUUAAAAAUGUAAGCACUGGGUGCUUUAAAAAUUUUAAGGCACUGCAGUUAAAAGUGAAAUGUCAAAUUUCGAAAACAAACGUCAAAAUAUUUAUAUUUCAUUUAUUAACAUUAAUAUUAAUAGUACAAUUUGCGCAAUUUGAAAAAUGAAUUUCUUGCACUGCAGUUUUACCAUUUUCCAUGGUUAAGGCGGAAUGAGCAGAAAUAACUGAAUUUCCAGUCGAAGUUGAGGCCACAAUAUCUUCGGAUGUUGUUGGUGAUGCUCGCUGCACUGGCAGCAGUUUUCGGGCAAUCAAAUUCUUAUUUUACAAAGAAUCCUCGAUGUACCUCUCAGCAACGGUAGAAGAUCUCCACCCCCAUGACGCUUAAUUGUCGUCAAAUUUGCGACAGCAUCGGCAAUUAAGGUCACUGAAGAACGACGAAAACAACGACAUAAAGGAUCGGAUUUGGCAGUUCCAGAAAUCUUGCUAUAGCAGCAGGAAUUCUUCCAAACGAAUUAAUUCCAAUCGGAUUUCUGGUACAUUUAGCUUUCACGUAUUUCAGAAAAAAUGUCCGACAUUUGUCCGACAUUUGCUGGUCGAAGAGCCGCAUAUAUUCGAUAAAUAUCCAAAUAGAUUUUUUCAAUAAUAAAGAAACUUCGUGAAACAUUGGUUUUAGUAUCUGGUAUUUUAAUCAGUAAUGCAGUACCCAUAUCUUUCACAUCGUCAAUAGUCAACUGACAAAGCGGCAGACACCAAAUAUUCCCACAAUCACAGCUACUUUCAUCAGAAGAUACUCCUCAUCUAAUGCACACUUCAAAGACUGGUCAAUUUGGUCUCUAGUCAAGGUUUUUGAUUUUUGGCCGGUAACCUUCUGCUAUUUAUACGUAGCACAGAUUUGAUCAUCGAAUAAUUUGACCACAAAGAUAAUGCCUUCCACACCUUUGCUUUCUCCUCAAAAUACGCCAUAAAUACAUUUUUAGUAUAUUUCCCAGAAACGUUUGUCGCUUCACACCAUUUCUCAAACUUAUUAUCAGCGAUAUCACAUUGCAUUCUGGACAUCCUCGGCAACAAAUCCAGGAUAGCUCGACUGGCCUCUACCUCUAUAUUUUGAAAUUGAUCUUUUUCUACCAUAUUUUCUUGCAUUUUAACGACAAAUCCACAACGGCGUUUUAAAAACUAACACACGUCUGACAGAUGCUUCAAAAUUCCCGUAAACAAUUAAGUCAACAAUGGUUGCUAAGGUCCGUAAUAUACGAUGCAAUUUAAAACUAUCUCCUUUCAAUGUAUUAAAGGUUUUUUAAAAUUUAAUUUAAACUGUGUUAUUGCAUUUUUAAGACAUUUGUAGAAAAAAUAUUGUAUGAUAUACGUGUUAAAAAUACAUUUUUAAGGCCCUCAUGUGAAUUGCGGAAUGAGCGAAGCGAAUUCUUCACCGUCACAUGCGUGCCUUAAAAUUGUACUUGUAACACUUAUAUCAUAAACAACUAUUCUGUUACUUUUCUUACUGUACUACACCAUGCAUUUAUUUAACAGUUAACAAUUUUUUUACAUUAAAAAUUCGACGACUGCGACAAUGCGCUAACGUCCUUCAAGAUCCUUUCCUGUUUCGUUUUCGUGCAAGUUGUUUUAUCAAUAAAUUAUAUAUUGUGCUAGGUCACUUAUAGAUUCAAUGGCAUUGUCUACAACUAUUUUUAUCAUUUUUCAUUGCCUUAUUAGUACAAAUCUAACAUUGUUCGAAUGCGGUUCUUAUGCACAAUGAACCGAAAUACAUCAAACGGUUUUAUUCCUCUUUAUGUUGUGUAAUUGAGUAUUGAAUUUAUUUAUAACAGUUUAAUUAAAGAUAUAUAUGACCUGAUUUUAUUAAUCAAGCUAAUAUACACAGUCAAACAGACAAACUGCAAACGGCAAUGCAUUUCUCCAUUUUUUUCUGAUUUAUAAGAUAUCUAAUUGUUUUAUAUUAGUCUAAAAUCUAUCUAUGUGUACUGUUUCACUUUUUCCUCUGGCGGUUCAUUGCUUUUCUUCCAUUUGUCGAUUACUCUCUCUUUAUUAUCAAAAUAGUUACCUUUCAACUAAUUUGAGUCAUGUUUUGACUGUUCUGUAAUUAAUCAUCUGUCUUCUACCAUGUGCCAUAUGUCAUCUACUAUUCUGUUCGUUAGUGUACGGUAAAUUGACGCUGUAACUACAAAGAAACAAAUAUGUAUGUCUUUGUACUCACUUUAUCAGGCUUAACGAAUUACGGGAUCUGGAUUUCAAUGGAUAUUUUUUUUAUAAUUCUCGUAUCAAAGUUACGUGUGAAGUUAGUCGUAUUGAUGACAGUUGGGGAAACCUCCGCGACCCGUGCCUAAAAUCUAUCCAUGUAUAUCGUUUCACUUUUUGCUCGGACGGUAUUACUUUCUCGCUAACCUCACCAAAUUAUCAUCUGUCAACCAUGUUUAUUCAUGUUUUGACUGUCACCAUAAUCAGUCGUCUGUCAUCUGUCAUAUACCAUGUGCCAUGUGUCGUAGGCCAUCUGCUUUUCUAUGGGUUCUUCAUAUUUUACUUUUCUGUUCGCGCUUCCUUAUUUUUAAUAAUUAAACCAAUAUUCACACUAAUGUUAUUAUAAGUAUCUUUUAUCUACUUUCUAAAUAUUUCACAAGCAAAUAGUAUUGUUAUUUUAUAUUUUUUAAUGUGUGAGAUAUCUUUCUAUCUUUUCCUCGAACUUCCAUUGCUCUUCUUUAGUUUUUACGUCUUGUUUCUCAUUACUCUCAUCAAACUGCCAUUCUGCCGACUAUUCCUAAUGACAUGCUUUCUGUCAUGUUUGUUCAGUCAUCUAUUAUGUCUCAUCUGCCAUCUGUGAUUUUGUAAGUUCGUUUUAUUUUACCUGUUUUAUUUUUAUCCAUGCUUGAGCCUCACAAUUCGUGAUCUCCCCAGUUGUUAGUUACUUCUCGUACAUUUAUUCUUGUUUGUAAAUGUUUUAUUUCUUUUGCUCUUCAUGUGUUACGUUUGUACCUCGUUGUUGCAUUUUGUCCUCAUGUCUUUUUUCUAUUCCCAGUCGACUUCCCAGUAUUUUGACUGUCGACUAUUCCCAGUCGUGUUUUAUCUGUCGUCUGUCAUUUGUCAUCUGUAAUCUGUGAUUUCGUAAGUUCAUUUCUUAUUGUACUCGUCGUACAUUUAUUUUUAUUUGUAAGUGUUUUAUUUCUUUUUUAGUUCAGCUGUUUCCUUUUACUCUUCGAUUUGUACCUCACUUUCUUGUCCCUCAUGCCUCUUAUCCCUCAUUAAUUGUAAUUUUCUUUCUAAUUGCAAGUUUUUCAUUUCUUCUUUAGUCCACAAACUAAAUUGUCAUAAUAUUUAAUAUUCACAAUCGUGUUUCAUCUGGUAUUUGUCGUCAUUCAUCUUUCAUAUGUCAUCUAUCAUAUAUGCUAUGGCAUCUAUAGGGCUUUUCAUUCACAGUCAUUUGUUUCGAGCUUCUCUCAUGUGUCACAUAAUAUUAAUAUAUCUACGUCGUACGUUAUUGGUAUCUACCAAUAAUACAAACCAAAGACGUAUGACGUAGAUACAUUAAUAUUAUGUGACACAUGACAGAAGCUCGAAACAAAUGACAAUCGAUGAAAAGCCCUAUUGCUCUAUAUAUUGAUUUUAUUUUACGGCUGUAACGAAUUGCUUCAUUUCCUUCUCGUAUUUUACUUCCUGUGUUCUUAUGUAUUUAUUUCCAAUAAAAGGUCUAAAGAUGAUUUUGUGCUACAUUCCUUCUACUCUUGUAGGGAGAAUGUACUCCCUAAACUUUGAAACAUGUACUUGUAAAUAAAUUACUCGCUUCUGAAAAUGCAUAUUGCAGAAAAAUCCUGCGAUCUAGAUCUAGGUGGACGAAGUAUCAGACGUGCCAAUAAAAGAGGAUAGGAAGCAAACCAGAAGUAAUAUUGAUCAUGAAAAGACGAAGAAAAAGUGAUAAAAAAGCUAAAUGUGAAAAUAACACAAAUUUUACUGCGUAAGAGUACGACGGAAUGGUGUAUAUGUAAUGUUGUAACAUUUGGUUGGUUACAAAGAAAUCUUCUUAGCUGUGGGAAUACCUUUUAAGACUACACUGGUCCUUCCCCGAUUUGUUUUUUUUUUUCAUAUAAGCAAAAAAAAUUUGUACAUUUUCGUUACAUUAUGUGUCAUGAACUUCUAAGUUUAUUACAAUGUAACAGUUCCCAAUACAAUUUCUUUCCUAAAAACUCUACCCUUAAGGGACACAACUUUUUAAAGCAUUAUUUUUAAAUUUCCUUUAAACUUGUAUAUAAACAAACAUCUAAUUUUUAGUUUAGUACAGGUUAUCGCCGCAGUAGGGCGCUACAGUUGUGCUCAGUACGAUCAAUACCUAUAAUAGACGAACGACCCUGAACUUUGCAGCUUUACGUCAUAUGAAAUCUCUGACGUCAUUGAUUAAUGGCGGCAGGAAAUUCAAAUUUUUAUAUACAGAAUAUAAUUUAUAUGAAAGAAUUCGAUUAUUUGAUGGACCUGUAAACGUUUUGGUCUGUACUCGAGCAAAAAAACCGAGAAUAUGUAAAAACACGAAACAUUGUGUACGGAAAUACCGCUACAUAAGUCUGAGUAAGUUGCCUUCUAAUUGUGGUAAGAGGUGACGUCAUACCUGUGGUCCGAUAGCUCUACAAAGUUUUUUACGAUGUUUUUUAUACUGUUUAGUCAUUUAUGGUUUUACAUCACGUUUUUUGUGAACAUAGGUUUAAGUAAUAGAGUAGAAAACAGUUUAUAUAUAGAGGGUGCUGAGCAGUUCUAUUUUAUGCUGUAGACAUUAUACAGCGUUGCCCAUUUUCCGAAAGGGUAGGAAAUGUAGUGAAAUUUUUAAAAAGUUUACCUCAACAUCUUAUAGUUAUUUUAGGUAAUAUGUACAGCGUUAGACAAAAUUCAAAAAUCUUGUUUUAUAAUGAAGUUGUAUAUCUGAAUCAGUCACUUGACUGAACUAGAUAUUUUUAAAAUCUUCAAUUUCCUCACUCUUAAUAUAUUAUUUCAAUAAAAAUAUCUCAUUGCUGGACUAAUUGAGUCCACCAAAGAGAUACGCUUAUUAAAAGGCUGUAUGAAUUGGAACUUAUAAUUGAUUUUUUGGUUGUUUUUGGAAUUUUUACAUAUAAAUAGUUUUGAACAAAGGUUUUUACAAUUUCAACCCUAUAUGAUAAUUUUUUAAACAAGUAUUAACUUUUCAUAUACAUAUUAUUAUAUAACAAACACUGCCUACAUCAUAUUUUGAUGGUUAAUUUUAUUUUUAUUGAAACUUCUGCACCCUGUAUAUAUUGCUUAAUUUAUUAUUGGAAAAUAUUUCUUACGCCCAGUACCUACAAUGUUAGAGUAAAACACAAGAAUUGGCUUAAAAUGCAGUUUCUACCCUUCUACCUCUGUCAUUCUGCAUACUUUUUAUACCAUAAAUUUUUUUAAGUUUGAUGUCGUAUAUAGAUUUAAAAAAAAAUUAUUCUACACAUAAAAUUUACUUUAUACACAACAUCAAUGAAGCGUUAUUUUUUUAACUGGUAAACAACACUUUGAACUAACUGUACGUUAAAUAUAAAACAGUGUUGUUGUACGUCAUAGUGAAUGAAAUGUUAUUAGUUCUGCAGAAACUCCUGAUGACCAUUUUCCGACCACCAAAAAAAUUUGAGCAUGUUUUUAAAGAACCGUUAUUACUAUAUACUCCACAAAAAUAUUCUUAUAAUAUUUGGACACAGACUAAAAUGGGCGCUACACAGUGGUAAUUCUAGCCUGGGGCAGGGGGGCAGCCGCCCCCCCAAUUUUUACAGGACUGUUGUACUAUAAUCUUCAUUAAAAAGGCACGUUAUCUUGUUUAUUCACCGGUUGUGUUCCCUUGCCCCCCCAGUUUUUUUGGUCUAGAACCGCCACUGGCGCUGCAUCAAAAUUCGAAUCCAAUAGCAUUAAAUCUGCAUUAAAUCUGGUCCUUUAUCGAAUUCUGCAGUGGCAUAAUACUGUCAGGAAAUCAGGCAGUCUAUAUUAUGUGAAAAUAUUUCUUAUUUUAGAAAAAAAAAUGUAAGGCAGUAGAAAUCCGAAGGCAUCCCAAGAGUAUAAAUGGAGAUCUUAUGUUUUAUUUAGUAAACAGCAAAUCACACCAAAAGAAAUUUAAUUAUUCACCGGAUUCACGUUUUUUUGGGUAUGUUGACGACAAUAAUUAUUCGCGAUAACCCAGUCCGGUAACAAAAGGAACGUACCAUCUGCCUAUCACUCUCCCCAAGAAGCUACCUACAAAUUGUAGCGUAACUUUGAGAGAUUUUCUCACACACGGAUCGUCCAAAUCCACGGUACAAAAAUUGACUGAGCGUCGAGAGGCAAAAGGACAUAAUGCAGAUUGAGAUGGAUAAAAAUCGACUCUACUUACUUACAGAGUAUUUAAAAAUACAAACGCGAAAUAUUGGAGUUUUUUGGGUAUGAUGACGACAUUAAUUAUUCGCGAAAACCCCGCCCAGUAACAAAAGGAACGUACCAUCUGCCCAUCACUAUCCCGAAGAAGCUACCCACAAUUGUAGCGUAACUUUGAGAGAUUGUCUCACACAAGGAUCGUCCAAAUCCACGAUCCAAGGACAUAAUGAAGAUGGAGAUAGAUAAAAAUCGACUCUACUUAGUUACAAGGUAUCUACUCAUUUAAAACCUUGGAUGUGUGACACGGAUACUUACUAUUCUAUUCCUAAAAAUACAAACUCGAAAUAUUGGAGUGAAUACAGAAAAAUAUCAAUAAUAAGUCAUGUUCACAAAUUAUUAUUGAAAAUAAUAGAUGGUCGUAUGAAUAAACAACUGUAAUAAGGAAUAGUAAUAGUCAGUUUGGAUUUAAAAACGAACUAGCAACCAGAGAGGUGUUAUUUGCUUUUUACGUGAUAGUUCAAAGAAACAUAAAUAUGAAUGUGGAUCUGAAUGUGUGUUACGGUAAAUUUGAGAAGGCAUUUGACAAAGUAAGACAUGAACAAUUAGUCCAAAUUUUAAAGGCAAAAAACAUAGACAAAGGGGACUUAAGAAUAAUAACAAACCUUUACUGGAAUCAAAGUGCAUAUGUGCAUAAAUUGUAAUGGGUAGCGAAUCCAGCUCAGAAAUUGAUAUCAGAAGAGGAGAUAGGCAGGGAUAUGUCAUGUUUCCAUUAACGGUUGAAAAUACAAAUACCUGGGAACCUGAAUUUCAGACAAUAAUGAUCAAACAACAGAAACAAGGGCCAGGAUAGAAACAGCAAGACAUGCGUGAGUAAAGGUGAAAACAAUUCUAUACAAUAAAGACGUCCACAAAUGGCACAUGGUGCAUCUUCAACACUAGAACUAUCCUCAUCAUCGGUUGACACUAUUGGACGUCAAAGGGGACGGAUUUAGGAAUUUCGUUAUAUAAAACAUGGCUGCUGUUCGUGACGAAAACGAGUAGAACUACACGGCUGUAACAACUCAAGUAUAAUAUUUAAAGGGCAUUCUACUAUUGUCAAUCGCUAAAUAAGUCUAAACUUACCUUGAAGAGUCAAUAUAGGUAUUUAAAAUUUAUUACACACUGUAACAAGGUACUGCAAAAACUAUUUAUGAAAAAUUAAAGAGUAGGUAUAUGAACAGAUCAAAGAAUCUAUGCCACUGCCACUAGUAAACUGAACAGUUUUGAAGAGUUUCCUUACUCUCUCGCAAGGUUGCAGUACUGUCAGUAAAAGUUACAGUGAGGGACGAAUUUAGGACAGGGGACGGAUUUUGGGCACUUUACCUUAACACAUAAAUAAACUACAGAUAUUUGAAUUGUGGUAUUACAGAACGAUGCUUAGAAUAGUGUGAACACCGCCGAAAACGGAUACGGAAGUAUUGUGAAAAGUAGGCAAAGAAAAAGGAGGGAGUGGCAACAUCUGAGACACGUAAUGAGGAGACAACGAUAUGAAAUGCUAACAUUAUUAAUUCAGGCAAGAUAAGAGGAGGAAGGAAUAUAGGAGGGAGAGUGUCAUGAAGAAGAAGAUACGAAGAGUGAUUGAAAUCGGUGGUACAGUAGUGGAGAUGUGAAUUUUUCGUAUCCAAACAGACAGAUGAACACCACGUGCAGCUAAUCUAUGGCGUACAACAAUAGUUGUUUUGUUUUUAUUAACAGUUUUUCCUUCUUAAUACAUUUUAUAUACAUCCACUACCCUAGAAUAAUUCAAAAUUAUUCUCUUUAUUACUUUCUUCGCAACCUGUACGAAAUAUUUCACAUACAUAUGGAAUGUUUUUACUUAAAGUGAUAAUUUUUAUAAUAAGAAAAAAUAAUGUUUAGUAUUAUACGUAUUAUGUAUGUUCCUUUUUGUACGAGUAGAUUAGGUCAUAUUCUAAAUAUGAAAAAAAUCAGCAAUCACUGCCAAUGAUGUAUAUAAUAAAAUCUUAUUUUACUCAGCACUGCCCGAGAAAUACCUCACAGAGAAAAAAACUGGAGCAUAUACUGCCAAAUGUUCAAUUUUUGAAAUUUUUAGUAUUUUUAUUCAUUUGAUUUUUGCGAUUAAGCACAUUUUAUAUCAGCAACUUUACAUUAUUUUAUAAUAUAUAUAAUAAUGCAGUUUUUGAAUCCGUGAAAUGAGUAUUUUAAGUUACUAGAUUGUUAAUGAACAAGUAAUGGAAAUAAUUAAGCCAAAAGAAUCGAAAAAUAUUGUCUCUGUUAGGACGGACAAACAAUUUUAACAGUCCCAUUAAACAAUACCUAUACCUACCUAUCUAAAUUUUAUAAAAUAUAAAGCAAAAAAUUACUAUAAAUGUAUCAUGACAGCUGACAUUGACAGUAGACAUUGACAAUUGACACUGACAAAUGACAAUUUUCCAUGUUUUUUAACCAUUUUAGGUUUUUUGGAUCGCAUAUUUGCAUUACUUGUACCCAUAGACUUAUCGAGACCUUUUUUAGCAUAAGUAUUUUGACAAACGUCAAUUUUUCGUGGACUUAAGAAUCUACAGCAAUGGGCUGAAAGUAUGACGUCACUUAGGUUACUUCAUGAAAAUAUCUUAUAUAUUUACAUUAGAUAAUAUAUGAAAUAAAUGUAUCUAUGAGAUAAAUAUUGUGCUAUUAUAUGGACACGUUUUAAAUUUCGUUGUAUCUGUUGAUUUUAAAAGUGUAAAAAUGAUUUUUAGGCAUUUUUUAGUAAAGUUUAUUUAUUAAAGGUAUAAGAGUGUUGUGAAAGAGUCUACGAAUGUUUUAAGUAUUUACUUUUUUGCACAUAUGUCGGUUGUGUGCUCUGUUAACAGAAUGUCUAUAAUAUUAAAAUAAUUUUUUCGUUUUACUAAAAGUAUCGUGUACCAAUGAAGCAUUUGAAACAUUCUGCAAUUAUUUAGUUUUUACAAUUUUUUCACUAAAUCUUAAAUUUUUGUAUUUAACUAAGUACACAAUUUAAAAAUGGUUGUUCGAAUCUGUUACUUUAGGUUUCAAUCUACAGUUUAUAAAGCAGUCCUUAUAAAAAUGUGAUAGAAAAAGAAGUCUUGCAACCAAUAAUAGAAGAAAAAUGUACUACAAACGUGACCAACAAAGAAUAAAAAGACUUGUCUAAGGAACUAACAUCACUGGUAUGAAGUUAGUGAGAUAAGCAGCAAUAAAUAGAGUGAAGAUUAAACAAUAAGUUGUGGAUGUUCUAGAAAAUCCAACUAUAGGUACUUGAAGAAGAAGAUAACAAUAAUAGUCUUACAACAUGUUGACCCAAACAAAAUUCAUUAAAGGACACAUAUUUGCCUUUCUGUUGCCUCUUUAAAAAAAACCACUUAAGGGGAACGGAGCAAAAUGCAAAAUUUUGACGCAUAUCAAAAUUUUCAAUGUGUUUUACAUGUAUUCAUUUUUUUCGAAUCCUGAGAAAACUAAUAAGUAUUUUUGAAAAGUUUAACCGCAGAACGAAAGAUUACUUUAUUACCGAGGGCCGAAAGUCCCUUAGAAUAAAUAAAAAGUUUCUUUUGAGUGAAAUAUUUGCAUUUAAAAAUCACACUAAAUUUUCUUUUAUUUUCACCCCUGUAACUUAUUAAAAUAAACAUUAUAGAAGUUUUCUUAGGAUUCGAAAAAAUGAAUACAUUUAAAACACAUUGUAAAUUUUGAUAUGCGUCAAAAUUUUGCAUUUUGCUCCGUUCCCCUUAACAUUAUUCGGUUAUUACAGAGAACUAAAAAUAAAUUACCAUUUUUGGAUUCAAAGUUCUUGACAUGAACCAAAUGACAUGUAGAUUGGAAACAUAAUUCAAAACUAAUUAAACUACAUACAAUAAUGUGAAAUAAUAGGUUUGUUCUAGCAAACAGUCAAACUAGUCAGAAACCGUCAGCAAACAGUUGGUCAGUGAGAGAACAUAAUAAAGUCAACAGUGCUAUCCCCUCUACUCGCGCUGGUCGACUAUUUGCUGAUGGUUUCAAACCGUUUGAAACUGAUGCUAGAACAAACCUAAUAUUACGGUCAUGUUUUCUCUAGUAGUUCAAAUAUAUUACUUUGUACAUCAAUAUGUGUACGAAUAGGUCAAAUGUACCGCAAAUGCAUCAAAUAAGCAGCUUCGAGGUACAAUUUAGAACUAAACAAAAAACAAACAAUUUACCAUACCAAACGAACCUUAAGAUCAUGUUUGGUCUUGUAGUUGUUCAAAUAUGCCACUUUAUAUAAUAUAUUGGAAAGAAAAUACAAAAUUAAGAAAAGAUAAAACCUACAAAUGCAUUAAAGAUCUUUAAGUAUGUAUAUAUGCGUUUAAUAGUUCAAAUGUACCACAGAUACAGAAAAAAACGGAAUUGGAGAACAUACAUACAAAAUACAAAUAUGACGAUGUGGCCAAUGAACCUUCAGAUCAUACUUGUCAUAUCAUAUAAUAAUAAUACGACAAAUGAAACGGGUGUAAAUGAGAUUUAACAUUCAAUCUAACUAUAUUAAUAUUCAGUUUAAUGGAAUUGAUAAGGAGAUGAGAUCGAAUACCAAAAAAGUAAUAUAAAGAUGCUUUACGUUCAAAAACAUAAUUGCUACUCUGUAGACAGAACUUCUAGUGAAAAUGACAAAGGGCUCGGAAGCAAUAGCGACAUAAUAUAUCCUUUAUUGGUUUUUGUAUCAGUUAAACAAGCUACAGUUGAUAUAUGAUUCAAAUACACCGAGUCUGUUCUAUUUACAAUACAUAUGAGGUUAUAGCAACAUUGUAAACCUAUUACAAUCAUUUUUAAGCUGUAUCUAACCGUUUGGUGGGAACAUUAUUUAUUGAAACCUAAUAUUAUUACCAAACGGAUGAUAACUUGCUAAUUAUUUUUGUUUGUCCUGCUUUUAUUCUUUUUCGGACUUUUUAAAAAUUUUGAUGGAAUUAAUUUUGAAUAUAAUUUAAUUGUCCAUAUAACAAAUUUUUUGGUGGAAUUAAUUUUGAAUAUGAUUUAAUUGUCCAUAUAAUAGCAACAUACAGUAUGUAAUGACUGCCAAUUUUGUACGUAAGUUACCAGUGCAACCAAGUACGUGUACAAAUCGUCGUUCCUUUUUUGAGACUAUUAACCCUUUUCAUGUGUACAUUAUAUAAAGAUAUACAAUUUGUUUAUAUUUAUUUUGAGUAACAGUAUAUAUGUUUUUGUACAAAAAAAUAUAGUUGUACUUAUUAGUUUGCGCAGGAACUAUAUCCGUCUUGUUUUUAAAAUGAGAAGAAUAGCGAUUUGCAUGUUUGGCCUACAUAUUCCACCAAAAAUGGAACUAAAUUGAAUAUUCCAUCGAAAAUGGUGCAUGUAUAUUCCACCAAAAAUACCAAGUUUCUGUUCUAAGGAAAUUUAAAAAACUAUAAAUAUACAUUAUGGAAAAGACUUACUAAUGUGACACAGAAAUUCAUUUUCUAUUCCUAUAUUUUCAACAAGAGUCUGGAAAAUUAAAGGAAAUGGUUUUAUAAUGGUACUAUUAAAGUAGGUAUAUCUAACGAAUGUAUUGAAGACUAUCCAGAAAAGAAUAAAGAAAUGAAGAGAAGAUGAUAAGCUUGUCACACACGGGAAGCUAUACUAGACUGGGGUGCAAAAUUAACAGGACACCUUAAAAAUGGGUCAUUUUCGAUGUCUCGAAUUUCCUAAACCUGUGAUCCGAUUUAAGUGGUUCCUUAAUAUGUUAUAGACUUAUUCUUUAACAAUAUCGCUGUAAUAAUAUUGUUGCUAAACAGGUAAAUUUUCAUUGUAUACCGGGUGUACCAAUGAAACUGUGUUUUUUUCUCUAACUUCGCAUCACCCUGUGGAAUAUUAUAGCAUUUAUAAAAUACUCAAAGUAAAACCGUACUAUAGCCUCAUGUUUUCUCAACAUUCUGUUUUUUAUUCAUUCGCUUAUGUUGGACCAUAAAAAAGUUAUGUACUUUAACAAUUAUCCAUGUUUUUAUCAAUACAGGGUGUUUUUAAAUAAGUAUGGCAAACUUCAAGGGGUAAUUCUACAUGAAAAAAUAAUGACAGUUUACUUUAUAAACCUAUGUCCGCAAAUGCUUCGUUUCUGAGAUAGAGGGUGUUGAAAUUUUUCUUAAAAACUGACAUUUUAUUUAUUGCUUUAAAACCGGUUGAGAUUUGCAAAUGAAAUUUGAUGGGUUUUAAGACUUAGCUAUUGUACAUUUUUUAACUUUCAAGCAAGAAUUUAAUAUUCACCAUUGGCGCGCAUACGAGUAACAUGAGCCGUCACAUUACCCGUAUGCGCGCCAAUGGUGAAUAUUAAAUUCUUAGUUGUAUGUCAAAAAAUUGCAAUAAUUACGUCUUAAAACUCACCAAAUUUCAUUUGCAUAUCUCAACCGGUUUGAAAGCAAUAAAUAAAUCGUCAGUUUGAAAGAAAAAUUUUAACACCCCCUAUCUCGGAAACGAGCAUUUGCAGACUGGCAAGAUUGCACACUUUAUAAGGCAAACUGUUAUUAUUUUAUCAUGCAGAAUUACCCCUGAAAGUUUGCCAUACUUAUUUAAAAACACCUUGUAUUGAUAAAAAGCAUGGCUAGUUGUUAAAGUAGGUACCUAACUUUUUUAUGGUUUAAUGUAAGCGAAUGAAUCAAAAAACAAAAUGUUGAGAAAACAUGAGGCUAUAGUUAGAUUUUAAUUUCAGUAUUUUAUAAAUGCUAGAAUAUUCCACAGGGUGGUGCGAACUUUGAGAAAAAAAACACAGUUUGAUUGGUACACCCAGGAUACAAUGAAAGUUUAACUGUUUAGCAACAAUGCUACUACAGCGAUAUUGUUAAAGAAUAAGGCUAUAAUAUAUUAAAAAAUCACUUAAAUCGGACAACAGGUUUAGGAAAUUUGAGUCAUCAAAAAUGACCCAUUUUUAGGAUGUCCGGUUAAUUUUGCACCCCAGUGUAUAAUAUAUAUAUUAUAGUAUAGCUCCCCGUGCGUGACAAGCUUUAGAAACGAAUGGAAGGAAAUAUAACGAAUGAAAAUACGAAAAAUGGGACAGGGCGUUAAAGAUAGAAAAUGAAAUAAAAAAUGGGCAUGGAAAACAAAAAAAACUCCACAUCCCUGUAAUAGAAUACUCAGAAUGGACUGAUAAUGUAUGCGAAAUGCAUUUUGAAGUAGAAACUACCAAGGCUUCCAAAAAUGCGUGUAUAUACAUUAAAAAAUGACUUGGUAGAUAUAUUGGAUUUUAAAAAGAGUUGCUGACAUGACCAAACUAAUUUAUAAGUACUUGUGAAAUAUGGAUUUGGUAAAAGUCAAGACAAGGUGUUGAGGAUUAUUAGAAAUGUCAUUAAAUGAUAAAUGUGAAACAUUAUCAAAUAUAGGGCUUUUCAUUCACAGUCAUUUCUUUCGAGCUUCUGUCAUAUAUCGUAUAAUCCGUGUAUGUCCGUGUAUAUUAAUAUUAUACACAGAUUAUACAACAUAUAACACAAGCUCGAAACAAAUGACAAUCGAUGAAAAGGCCUAUAUAGGUAAGCCUUAAUAAAACCUUCAUAAUAUUAUGUAAGAAGAAUGUUAACGUUGAAUGUUUGGCAUAAUUAUUAUUUAGGAACGUCAAAAACUGAAAUGUAUGACGUCAUACGCUUUUAGGUUAUAUAAAUGUCUCAAUUCUAAACAAAUAAAUUGAGCUACGUUAUUUCUACGGUAAUUAAACUUUGUAUAAACAGAACAUGAGGCGUUUCCUUUUACGGUUGAUGAAUAGUAAAAACAAUAACCCAACAAAAUAAUUUACUUGAAAAACAUUCAAUUUCUUUUUAAAAUUAGUUGUUCUUUUGCUAGUAUGGUCGUAAAAAAAAUAAUAUGUAACGUAUGGCCUAAAUUCAUUAAAACAGUCACAAAAAUGACUUAAAAUCGACUACUUUUAAAAAUACAUUAUUAAAAUUUAAUUUGCUUAGAAUUAAGACUUAAAAAUUGCUGUGUGACGUCAUCGCUAACAAAGAGGGUCGACAAAUGAUUAUUAUCGAGUGAUGGCAUAACUAUCUGGUUGGUUUAGGUAUUUUUUUUUUGGUGGAAUGAACAGGGUAAAACGUGUUUCUUAAGUGAUAUACAAAGGGUGGAUUUAGUUGAUUGCGCAAAUAGAAAAUUUUAUGAUUACCUGAUGUAUUGUACAUCAUCUUGAGUUACCGUUAUUUCUGUUAAUUAACAUAAGGUUAUCUGAGCUUGUUUAUUAGAAAAUAAAACAAAUUAUUAUUAUA